CUGUUGUUGUGCAGAGCUGCAGAAGGCCCGAUAGAGCCAGCUAGACGGAGAGAGAAGGAAGGGAGGGAUACAGAGGCAGACACUGUGGAUCUAGAGCUGGUGUUAUUCCUUUCAUCGCCCGAGAUCAACCGGCGACACCCGGAGAGGAAGGAGACAAAGGGACGAGGAGGACUAAAAGGGGAGGUGGGGGGGGGGGGGGGGGGGAGUGAAAGACAGGCAAGGUGAAAAGGGGAGAAGGAAGGAAGGAAGGGAGGAAAGGGAGAGAGAGAGAGAGAGAGGAGGCUGGGACAUGAGGAGGGGCGCCUGACUGACAUUGCUGCUCCCGCUAUCAGCUCACACACACGCGCGCACACACACACACACACACAGAUGUAGACAGACUGCACAAUCUUUAAGCCAGAUUGUGCAGUGCACAGUCGCUGCUCAUUCUACCCUUUCACGCAGCCUUGUCCUCCAUCCUUUCUUUUCCUCUGAACAGAGGAGAAGAGAGGAGACGGAGGAGGAGGAGGAGGAGAAGGAGAAGGAGGAGGAGGAGGAGGGGAGGCAGUUACCCUCUCCUCUCCUAUACCCAGACACACAGCAGAGAGACAGACAGGGUGAGAGGAGAGAAAGCGGCUUUCUGUUCCAUUUCGCCGUCUCCUGUGGUCCUUUGGCCAGCGAGCGGCUAACAGGCACCGCUCAUGUCCGUGAACUCGGAGAAAUCCUCGUCCCCCGAAAGGCCUGAGACCCAGCAGAAAGCCCCGGCGAGCGCCCCUCCUCCUCCCCCGCCGCCCCCUCCGCCUCCCCCCGAGCCGGCGGGGCCCCCGGAGCCGGAGGAGGAGAUCCUGGGCUCCGACGAUGAGGAGCAGGAGGACCCCGCCGACUACUGCAAAGGAGGGUACCAUCCGGUGAAGAUCGGGGAUUUGUUCAACGGGAGGUACCAUGUGAUCAGGAAGUUGGGGUGGGGCCACUUCUCCACCGUAUGGCUGUGCUGGGACAUACAGGUGAAGAACUUUGUGGCGAUGAAGGUGGUGAAGAGCGCGCAGCACUACACAGAGACGGCCUUGGAUGAGAUAAAACUGCUGCGAUGUGUGAGGGAGAGCGACCCCGCCGACCCCAACAAGGACAUGGUGGUUCAGCUGAUAGAUGACUUCAAGAUCUCUGGAGUCAACGGCAUACAUGUGUGUAUGGUGUUUGAAGUGCUAGGUCACCACCUGCUGAAGUGGAUUAUCAAAUCCAACUACCAAGGUCUGCCUCUGGCAUGUGUCAAGAGUAUUAUCAAACAGGUUCUGCAGGGACUGGACUACCUCCACACUAAAUGCAAAAUCAUCCACACGGACAUCAAGCCGGAGAACAUCCUGAUGUGCGUCGACGACGCCUUCGUUAGGCGCAUGGCCAUGGAGGCGACCGAAUGGCAGAAGGCCGGAGCCCCCCCGCCCUCCGGAUCGGCAGUUAGCACAGCCCCCCAGCUCAAACCGGUGAGUGCAACAGAUGUGGGGAAGAUCUCCAAGAACAAGAAGAAGAAGCUGAAGAAGAAACAGAAGCGGCAGGCAGAGCUGCUGGAGAGGCGGAUGCUGGAGAUCGAAGCCCUGGAGAGGGAGGCGGAGAAGAAGGAGGAGAGAGCCAAAGACGGGGGAGAGAAGGGGGAAGGCGACAGCGACCGGUCCUCGCCCCGGCAGCCGCUGCCGCCUCCGCCGCCAUCGCAUCUGGGCCCCAGGAUGGCUGUGGGAGAGAGCGACGAGGAGGAGGAGGAGGAAGAGGAGGAGGAGGACGACGACGAGGAUGGGGAGGAGGACGAGGAGGAGGGAGGAGAGAGAGAGAGGGGGGGCGAGAGGGAAAGGGAGAGGGAGAGGGAGAGGCCCGUCAGGUUGACUAACCAUACGUGCGCGGCGCCUCCCCAGGAGCAAGACAAGGCGCGCAAUAUCUCGGAUGACGACCCCGAUGAGGAAGAGGAGGACGAGGACGAGGAGGAAGAGAAUGAGGAAGAAGAGGAGGAGAUGCCCAAGCCUACCGCUGAAAAAGAUUGCCCCAGUCCCCCCACCACAGAGGAAGGACAUGUAGAUCCACCACAAGCAGAGGUAGAGGACAAAAAGGGGGAAGGGGGAGGGGAGGAGAAGGAGGAGGACGAGGUGGAGGAGGAGGAGGAGGAGGAGGAGGAAUUAAAAGGUGUAGAAGAUGAGAAUGAAGCAGAGGCAGGGGAGAAGGUAGAGGACGAAGAGAAGGAGGAGGAAGAAGAAGAGGAGGGGGAGGAUGAUGGGGAAGACAAAAAAGAGAAAAACACUGAAAAAGAGGACAGUAAGAAAGAGGAGCCAAGGAGUGAGAGCAAAACAGAGGAGGCAGAGGAGGCAGCGGUAGCGCAAGAGGAGUCAAAUGAGCAGGGAGGGGAGGACGAGGACGAGGAGGACGAUGAAGACGACGACACGACCACGGAACUCCUCACGGACACCACCUCGCUGGUCAAACCCCCGAGCGCCAGGAGCAACUCGGCCCAAACCAACGGGCACAUUUUCACGCGCUCCGAGGGACUGAAGGCGAACCCCGGCCACCCCGGCCACCCGGCGCCUCCCUCGCCCAACCCCGAGACUCUCCUCUGCCCCCUGGUGGAGUCGGAGCUCAGCUACACGGACCGGGACCACUCCCUCAGCUCCGGCUACGAGAUGUACAACGGCGACCUGGGCGAGCCGGGCCUGACCAACGGCGGAGGCGAGCGCCACGGGGCCGUCCUCCCGCUCUUUCCCGAGCUGCCCCUGGAUCCUUUGCCGGGAAACCCCGUAGCGGUCGGGACGGCGGACAUCGGGGCGGGCCCGUCCCCCAACAGCCCCGCCGUCGACCGCAGUCGCACCGUGUCCUCCUCGAGCACGGGAGACACGCCCAAAGUCAGGGCCAGAGCAGCCGAUCUGCUGAUAAACCCACUCGACCCGCGGAACGCCGAGUCUAUUCGGGUUAAGAUCGCGGACCUUGGGAAUGCCUGCUGGGUGCACAAGCACUUUACAGAGGACAUCCAGACGAGACAGUACCGUUCCAUUGAAGUCCUGAUAGGAGCUGGUUACAGCACCCCUGCAGACAUCUGGAGUACUGCCUGCAUGACUUUUGAGCUCGCUACUGGAGAUUACUUGUUUGAGCCCCACUCUGGAGAGGACUACUCCCGUGAUGAGGACCAUAUAGCCCACAUCAUAGAGCUGCUGGGCUGUAUUCCGAGGCACUUUGCCCUCUCCGGAAAAUAUUCCCGGGAGUUCUUCAACCGAAGAGGUGAGCUCCGUCACAUCACCAAGCUGAAGCCGUGGUCGCUGUUCGACGUGCUGGUGGAGAAGUACGGCUGGGCCCACGAGGACGCCGGCCACUUCACGCACUUCCUGCUGCCCAUGCUGGAGAUGGUGCCCGAGAAGAGGGCCUCGGCGGGCGAAUGCCUCAACCACCCGUGGCUCAACUCGUAGCCACCAUCAGAGAGGCCCCCCUCGUUCCCCAGUGUCUCCCCCCCCCCACCCACCGCCUCCCCCACCGCCUCCCCCCCUCUCCAACCAACAGUUAGCCCCAAACAUCAGCCCCUGGUGGAGAGGCCGGACAGUCGGGGAAGUUGAUUGAGACGUUUUGGUUCCUGCCCGACCCCUCGCGUCCACCACGUGCUCGCCUGAGAAGGCCCGAGCUCCCUCACGGAACACGGAAAACUUCCCCCCUCUCCCCCCCCCCCCCCCGCAAACAUCUCCCCAGAAAAAGAAGGAAAAAAGGAACACCUGAAGGUGGACGCAGAGCUCUGUCAGAAAGAGAGACGAGCUGCUGGUCUUUCAGGACGACGUGAUGGAGACCCCUACGAGGAAGGAUCUGCCGUGACCUCUACAGAGCCAGGGCCUCAACGACAGAACCCUAUUGGGGUUUUUAUUUUUGCUCUUCUCUCUUUUUUUUUCCUAGGGGAGAGAUAACUAGCGCUCGAGAUCUGCCUCCAUGGAGCCUUCUCCUCUCCUUCGCUUCCCUCGCUCUGCUAUGGGAAGAGCGCACUCACAUCAGUCUAAAAGUUUACACCCUGAUUUCUUCCACAAACAACUCCCCCCCCCCCCUCUUACCCUGUAAAGGGCCACCUCAGUGAACUGGAGGGCAGCCAGUCCUCCAGGGAGCACCACGCUGACAAAGAAAGACAACAACAACAAACAACAACAACAAAAAACUCCAAUACAAUCAGUCCUACAGGCGAAGAGGUUUUUUAAAGUGCAUGGCGAACGGACGGCGGUUGCGUUAUCUCAUCUGUGCAUCCUAUUAUUUCAUCAGCUCGAUAGGACACUCUGUUGGAAGGAACCGUCUAGAUAUUUUGGUGCGCCCCCCCCCCCCCCCCCGAGGAAAGCCAUUGAAACCGCCUUUGACAUUCCUAAAUCCAGACUUUUAUUCCGGAGAACAAAUCCGUUGAGUUACUUGUGGCACGUUUACCUGGUCUGAUUGGUACUAUUCACCCCCCCCCCCCACCACCACCGGUAGAUGAGCCCUUUGACUCCUGAGCUACUCCAGAAAGGUGGGGGAGGGGGGGGGGGGGUCACAUGGAGGCUGCACUUGUCUUUGUAGAUGCCCUUCAGGGAUUUGAAACCUUUGUACAUAACACUGAGAUCCUGCAAAUGGGAAAAGCGAGCGUAGACAAAGGUUCAACAUACAAGCAUCAUUCCAAAAAAAAGAAAAAGAGGAAAAAAAACAAAAACAGGUUGUUGUUGUUGGCGUAUGUUCCUGUGAUACAGAUGUGGGGGGGUGGGAUGUUCAGACUGAACUGUGCCACCCGGUGGCCGAGUGAGAGUACUGCACACACUGCUGCCAACGCUCCACGUUCCACUACUUCUCUCCACUUAAUCCGUUUCUCUCUCUCUCACACACACACACACACACACACACACACACACACACACACACACACACUCUCUGACACACAAAAACGUGCAUCAUCACAAUUAGUCCAGUUGCCUAUUUUUCGCAAUAAAUGAAAAAAGAUAACUAUAAGUAAAUGGUGAGAUAUUUUUUAAAACUAUUUAAUUCAUUAAAAAAAAAGAGGAAAAUAAAAAAAAGAAAACAACUUUUCUCUGGUUGUUGUGACCGUGGCAGAAUCUCGUCUUAUACUGAGGUGAUUGUGUUUGACUUUUAGAGAUGUUUUUAUUUCUUUUGUUGUCAUUAUUAAAAGGUUUUUUUUUUACACAGUUGACACCUCUCCCCUCCCUCCUUACUUGAACAGUGCUGCUCUGUCUGGGGCUCUUGAUGGCGAUAAAAAAAAAUAUAUAUAUAUCUACAGUUUUGCAAUAAAGGGUACGUGAUGAGUUUUUUUUUGCACCCGAGCCUCCUGAUCUCACUCUUUCAGCCAUGCUGACUGUUCUUCCUGAUGACAUUGACAGAAUCGCGUAUCUUGUCUGUGUUUUUCAUUGACAGGUUUAAUAAAAUUGUAAAUAAAUGGA